AUGGAAGGAAAGUUAGGUCAGCAGGUUCUCUUGGAUCUCAUUUUGAAUGUCUCUCUCCUCACAUUUGUCCUUCACAGUGGAUUAAACUUCAUUGACUUGAUGGUGCGACAAGGGAACAUCGACAACCCUCCCAAGACUCCCCUGGUGCCUGGAUUUGAGUGCUCUGGGAUCGUGGAAGCUCUGGGAGACAGUGUGAAAGGAUACGAGAUCGGGGACCGUGUCAUGGCAUUUGUGAAUUACAAUGCCUGGGCGGAGGUGGUCUGCACACCAGUGGAAUUUGUCUACAAGAUCCCAGAUGACAUGAGCUUCUCAGAGGCUGCUGCCUUCCCCAUGAACUUCGUCACAGCCUAUAUGAUGCUCUUCGAAGUUGCCAACCUCCGAGAAGGAAUGUCCGUGCUCGUGCACUCAGCAGGCGGUGGUGUGGGCCAAGCGGUGGCUCAGCUGUGCUCCACUGUCCCCAAUGUGACUGUCUUUGGAACAGCGUCUACUUUCAAGCAUGAAGCAAUCAAAGACUCCGUGACCCACCUCUUUGACAGAAAUGCAGACUACGUGCAAGAAGUGAAAAGAAUCUCUGCGGAAGGAGUGGACAUUGUCUUGGAUUGCCUCUGUGGCGACAACACUGGAAAAGGUCUCAGCCUUCUUAAGCCACUGGGGACCUAUAUUUUAUACGGUUCAUCCAACAUGGUGACUGGCGAGACCAAGAGCUUCUUCAGCUUUGCCAAAUCAUGGUGGCAGGUCGAGAAGGUGAACCCCAUCAAGCUCUAUGAAGAGAACAAAGUCAUCGCGGGAUUUUCCCUCUUAAAUCUGCUCUUCAAACAGGGCCGUGCAGGCCUCAUUCGAGGAGUAGUAGACAAACUCACUGGGCUCUACAACCAGAAGAAGAUCAAGCCUGUGGUAGACUCCCUGUGGGCCCUGGAGGAGGUGAAGGAGGCCAUGCAGCGGAUCCACGACCGAGGAAACAUCGGCAAGUUAAUUCUGGAUGUAGAGAAGACCCCGACUCCACUGAUGGCCAACGACAGCACAGAGACCAGCGAGGCGGGAGAGGAGGAGGAGGACCAUGAGGGUGACAGCGAGAACAAGGAGCGGAUGCCCUUUAUCCAGUAACCCAGGACCUGGCGGGAGACCAGGAAGGAUGCCGUGGAAGAGGGACGCCAGCUGAGAUGGCUCUUCCGCGCCCCCGUGAACAAACGCUGUAGUCCACUGUGUGUCGUGUUUGUCUGCAGUCAACUGAGCUAAAAAGCUGUUGAUCACUGUUGUUUUUUGAAAUUAAGUGCCAAGCCCAUUCCGUGCAGUAUUACGUCCCUCCCCCACCUGUGCUGUGCUCUCUUCCCCUCUCCCCUCCUUCAUGACCAUCCAUCUUUGGGUCCUUCUUGACAGUUCGUACAACAGCCUUGCAAAUUAACACGAGCCCUCGGGCCCUGUGCCUCCGAGACCAGACGUGGGCCAAGACGAGUUUGGGUUGAAGGGUGUUGUCACAGGUGCACUGCCCAGACCCCAGGACUCUUCAGGCCAAUGACACUUUUUGCUGCCAGCCACCCACGCUUCUGACAAGAGCACUUGUCUGUGGGGCCGGCAGAAAGAGGGUAGGCCAGGAGGUGUUGUUAUGAGCCCACACAUUUAGGAUCUCUCCAAAUCCUCCUUUCCCUCCUCCCCAUUUAAGACGCAACUUCCUACAUGCAUUGAGCUGUUUAAUGGUCCAGAGGUGAACCCCUCUCCUCUCGGCCUCUGAUGCUUGAUCCCUUCACUGUUUCUUAACUAUCACCACGGGAGAACAGAUGUGGGUUUUUCGGGAUAGAAGAUGGUCAACAGCAUGAGUGUGAGGGCCAGCCACAGAGACUUCUCCUCCUUUCUCAUGAGCAAAAUCGUCCCUCCCCCCCCCCCGUAUAUUUUAAUUUUAAGAAAACUCACCACGUGUGGGACUAUUUCAGAAGUCAGUACUGAGAUCCGCCUACAUUUGCACACUUGCCAUGGGCAUUACUGAUUUUGCUAUUUUCAUUUCCUGGUAGGGAGCAGCUACCUUUCCCAAGGGUCCCCCAAGGAAGACCUCCCUUGUAGACCAUAUUUGGGGCAAACAAUCAGUGAGUAUCUCUCUUCUUGCCAAAGCACGUUCCCACAUGUAACAAACUCUAGCGAUAUAAACAGUUGACGUUCAGUAUCUGAUGCCAAACAUGCGGUUCCUCUCCUCUGAAAUAUAAAAUUAUGGUGCAGACUCUUUGCAGGGCCCCUGCUUCUGGGAAAUCAGGGACAAAAACUACUUGAUUGCACACCCAGUUUUCCAGCUCCUAAACUCCUAGGAAAGCCCACACUCAGCCCCACCAGACCUGACCUGCCAUGAGGCCAACAGUUCCCCUGAAGGGUGAAGAAGGGGCUCAGUGUCUCCCCAAGGGGGCUCCUCAUUCCUUCCUCCUACUCCUUUGGCUCAAAGGGUGACUCCUUCACUCACACACCGAGCUGGAGACAGGUGGAACCCUCAUGAUUAGCAAUCCCAAGUCACUCUGCUUUCUGAAAGACCCUGGAGGGCUCCCACAUUGUCCCACCUCUCCACCAGUGAGCCUUGGGGUAGAUCCAACUCUUUACCCAAAGACAACGCAUUCCAGCAAUGACCUUUUCAUUUCCAAAGUCCUUUUGUAACAAAUGUCACCUCAUCAAUCACAUUCUUUUUUUCCCUACCCCAAGCUUGUGCUGAUGACUUAUUUAUGCCAAAUAUUUAUCUGAAGGGAGUUUCUCCUCAUUGUGAAUGUACUUGUGAAAUAUGAAGACACCACUGUCUGAUGGGUAGGGAGAUGCCAGUAUCUCAGAAGAUGACACUCACAUCUGUGUGUACCCCAAGCCUCACAGUGUUUCAUUUCUGGGCCACUUAGAAAGAUAAUGUGGAGGUUUACCUCCCCGACCCUCAAAAUGUGUGCUAAAUGCUGUAUCAUUGGCCACGUUUCUCCCAUAACCAAGCUGACAGUGAGGUUUUGAGGACAACCACCCAAGUGACACUCCUGGUGAGCUGGGCAGAAAUGGCAUUUUCUAGGGCUGGGGUGACCAAGAGCCACUGGCCACAUCAGGCUGUCCUCUGCAAGGGCAGUGAGAACUCUCUGGCCAGAGGAGAGGCAUUAAAAACAAUCACGCUUCCCCCAAAUCGGUUUUUCGGCUAGCAAGAUUAAUACAAAUUAUGGCCACUGGUUAAAGAAGAAACCCUUGUGCCCCCUCAGAAUACAGAGUGGGAAGAGAAAACUCGAGUCUGACUAUCCAGGUCAAGCUGUGCCGUGAAGAACAGGAUAAAUACCAAAAUUAACCGUGUAACGCACUCUCAUUUUUUAAGCACCUUUUUCCUGUCACGUGAUUGGCUUUCUGACGGAAAUGUAAAGAAAGUCUCAGUCUGCCUUAAAGGAACUGUGAAGGCUUCUCUGUCAUCUAAACUUGAUUGGACUGAACUGAAACAUUGUCUAAUGUACUUGUGGCUUUAGAGUUUUUGUUACAUUGUGCCUACAAAGCAAAUUAUGUUUACAUAAAAUAUAUAAAUAAAGUAUUCAGCAUAGCAUCA